AUGGGUUUAGGCAGUAGUUCAAUAAAAAUUCCUGGCGGUGGUACCGAAGGCUUUCAUGUUUUACGUGUGCAAGAUGGUUCUCCCGGCCAUAAAGCUGGGUUAGAAGCUUAUUUCGAUUUUAUAGUGACAAUAAAUGGAUUGCGUCUAGAUCAAGAUAAUGAUACGUUAAAAGAAGUUUUAAAACAAAACGUUGCUAAGCCUGUUGAAUUAUUAGUCUACAGUAGCAAAACACAAUCCGUACGACAAUUAGCAUUAAUACCGCACGAAGGUUGGGGCGGUCAGGGUUUACUUGGUCUUAGUAUAAGAUUUUGUACAUUUGAUAAGGCAAAUGAAAACGUCUGGCAUAUUCUUGACGUACAACAACAUUCGCCUGCAGCAUUGGCUGGUUUACGUUCGUUUACAGAUUACAUUAUUGGUGCUGACACUUUAUUGAAUGAUUCCGAAGAUUUGUUUACGUUAAUUGAAGCAAAUGAGGGAAAGCAAUUGAAAUUAUACGUUUAUAAUAGUGAAAGUGAUAUGACAAGAGAAAUCACAUUAACGCCAAAUUCUGGCUGGGGCGGAGAAGGUUUGCUUGGAUGUGGCAUCGGCUAUGGAUAUUUACAUCGAAUACCAAUAAGAAUGUCAACGACUCUUCCACCUCCCACCACGAAGUCACAAAUGAAUGGAACGUCAGCAACUGAUCUGUCUAAACAAUCCCAAGAACACGUUCCUCAGACAAAUAUUACACAGGCAUCAACAGCUGGUGGACAACCAUUAUUAGCAUCUGUUCCACAGCCCGGUAAUAUGAAUCCAUUUGGUUUCACGCUGCAACCGAUACAUUUACCCGGCCUUCCACCAAUAACAGUCUCAAUGCCACUGUUUACACCCCCAACAGGAUCGAUAACAUCAACAGCAAACACGGAUGAAACAUUUUCUUCAACAAAGCCUGCCACAGCGACAUCAUCUCAGAUUACAACAAGUGUAGCACCGCCAAUUACAACAGCGAAUCCAACUUCCGAUGCCGCCCAGUUUUCAAAAUAUUUUGGUGAUCUAACAAUAAAUUCGACGACAACAGCGACCGUUCCGGCGGCGACUAAUUCAACAUCAUUGCCCUUUUUAAAUCAAAGCAGUGGUAACACGCAGUUACCAACAAUCGAACAACAGCAACAAGCAAAUGUCGUUCAUACUCCUUUACCAUCAUUUAAUACACCCGAUCAAAGACAGCAACAAUAUUUUCAACCAUCAACAACUACAGUAACAAAUACCAUUUCUGGGCCUCCUUUGUUUUCCGCACCAUUAUUAGGCCAGCAGCAACAACACCAGCCCCCUCAAUAUACACAGCAACAACAAUAUCAACUCCCUCAAUAUGCACAGCAGCAACAACACCAGCCUGUUCAAUAUUCACAGCAGCAACAACACCAGCUUCUUCAAUAUCCACCGCAGCAACAACAGUCAAUGAUACCCCCUUCAUUUCAAUUGAAUACAAUGUAUUCAUCAACGAAUCCUCAAUCAUAUUCCUCUUCAUUUAUGGCUCCUUCGCAUUCCACAGUUUUUCCCACUUCGUCAAUAGAAACAUCACCGUUUCAACAAGAUACUUAUGGCCAAUCUUCUUCGCCACUACUGUUUUUAUUUCAUUCUCAAAAAAAAAAAACAAUCAUGGCUUAUCGUGGUCCACAAACGAAAGUUCAAAAAGUGAUGGUUCAACCAAUUAAUUUAAUAUUUCGUUAUUUACAAAAUCGUUCACGUAUUCAAGUUUGGUUGUAUGAACAGACACAAGCACGUAUCGAAGGUUAUAUUAUUGGAUUUGAUGAAUAUAUGAAUUUAGUUUUGGAUGAUGCUGAAGAAUUAUCGAUGAAAAAAGGUACUAGAAAAAAAAUUGGUCGAAUAUUAUUGAAAGGUGAUAACAUUAGUCUUAUACAACAAUUACAACAACCAGCAUUAAACAGUGGACAAGCUACUACGUCAGCAAGUACAGCUGCUCAAUCAAAUAAUGCUGCACCAACAACUGCAUGA